AUGAGCGGUCGCACCGGCGGAGGCGGCAGCAAACGUGGCGGCGGCGUAGAAAAGCCUUGGGCGUCCGGGCGGAUUCUCACUCCAGAGCAGCGCGCACGGAAGCAAGAAGCAGAUCGCAAGGCCAACCGAUUCUUGAAGAAAGAGGUCCAGGAUCGCCUGACGGGGCUCGAGGCAAGGGUGUUGUCAUUGGAGAAAACCUCGUCGGAACCCAAUACCGCCAUUCCCAAGUCCGAAGACAACGAAGACGCUCACUAUGCUGCCUCAGCAGUGUCCGACCCGCCUGAUGCUGGCGACCGUCAGCCUUCUGGAAGUGCCGUAGAAUGGAACGAGUCCGGUACGUGUGUUAAGAACUCUGAAGUGAAACCAUGGUCAGAGGUGCUAAGGCAAGGAGAAGCCCAGGACGGUGCUCAGCUUGGUUCUGACAAUGGCGAACUCGAACUACUUCCAACCCCGUCCAUGACUUCUCCCAGGGGAGCCUAUUUUACGGACAACAAUGCAGCAACGACGCCUGCGAUUCCUGCGAAUUUCGAGCCGAGGGAGGGCGCUGACGUUCACGAGACCAUUGGAGAACCCGCUCGUCAAUCGGUCGCGCCCGAUUUCACGGACGUGACAAGCACCGCUAGAACCCGACCAGACGGGCGUCAUUUGACAUGUUUCCUCAACAAUCUGGUCAACUACAUCCGAACUCUGCCCCCGAACGUGGUGUGUUUCGACGAUCAGUACAAUCAAGACCUUAUCGUGACAGCUGUGCUGAAGGGAUGGAAUCAGACGCUGGCUCGAUAUCACCAGGCUUGCCCUCUAUGGAAUGUUCUGCGAUUAGUCGACACCUACCUCUUUCGAGACUGUCAGAUGGUGGAGCGAAUCAGUUGUCUGAGGAUGCUGCAUAGGCGAUACCUGUAUGAGGUCAACGCAAAUCUGCCCACUGCGGGUCCACCGCCUCCAUGGUUCAGACCACAGUGAGUAUCCUCGGGAUCUGCUGGAGACGAACCUAGGCUGACUGUCGACAGAUUCUCAGAAAAAGUCUUCUUCCACGAUCCCGUGAUAGACCAUUUGACGUGGCCCCGUCUUCGAGACCGCCUCAUUGCCUCGGAAAAAGACCGGUUAACAAACAAGUUCUGGGCAUUCUUUGUACGAAAUCUUCGGGUAACUUGGAGAGGCGAACCGUUCGAUAUCUUGACCCUCUCGCCGGACACCCAGCUGUACCAGCUCAAUCCGGUGUAUGAAGCCUCGCUGUUGGACAUGACAAAUUGGAGAAUGGAUAUGGACUUCUUCCGAGGCAUACCUCAGCUGGCAGGCGACGUUCCGCCGCACAACUACAUGCCACUGCGGACUGUUGCUCCCAAAUUCGGAGUGCACGGCCACCAUGCAGGCGAGCAUGUCCAGCCCACCAUGUCGCCGCGAUUCGGCCUGCAUGGAGAUCCGCAACAGCAGGGGACUCCGACACACGCAGGCGGAGUGAUUUCGCAGGACCCAUGGGUACACCGGCCAGGUUUCUCCGAUGCGAGCCAUCUUCACCUGAGCAAGUUCCCCCAAGGCGGAGUGUGGCACGAUUUCUAUUGCUGA